UUUGCCUUUGGGGUUUCCUUUGUUUUCCUCAUCGACCUAUCUAAAGAGUAAAGGGCUUCGUCGAACAAAGUUGAAAUCUCAAGAGAUCCAAUCGAAUCGAAUCGACUCAUGGCUACAGUCGGAGUAGAAUUGAACCACGCGGCGGAGGCGGCACCGGAGGAGAAUUGCUCCGCCAAACCUACCAAACAGGGCGAGGGUCUCCGUCACUACUACUCUCUCCACAUCCAUGAACUUCAGCUCCUCCUCCGCCAGAAAACCCAUAACCUCAACCGUCUCGAGGCUCAGAGAAACGAGCUCAAUUCUCGAGUGAGGAUGCUCCGAGAAGAACUGCAGCUUCUACAGGAGCCUGGCUCAUAUGUUGGUGAAGUUGUUAAAGUUAUGGGCAAGAACAAAGUUUUGGUCAAGGUCCAUCCAGAAGGGAAAUAUGUUGUUGAUAUUGAUAAGAACAUUGACAUUACAAAGAUUACACCAUCAACUAGGGUUGCGCUCCGCAAUGACAGUUAUGUGCUUCAUUUAGUUCUGCCCAGCAAAGUUGAUCCAUUGGUCAAUCUGAUGAAAGUUGAGAAAGUUCCUGAUUCUACAUAUGAUAUGAUUGGUGGUUUAGACCAGCAAAUCAAAGAAAUAAAAGAGGUCAUUGAGCUACCAAUUAAACAUCCUGAGCUGUUUGAAAGUCUUGGAAUAGCACAACCGAAGGGUGUUCUGCUCUAUGGGCCACCUGGUACAGGAAAAACAUUGUUGGCUAGGGCAGUUGCACACCAUACUGAUUGUACAUUCAUCAGGGUGUCUGGAUCUGAAUUAGUUCAGAAAUACAUUGGAGAAGGUUCUAGAAUGGUCAGGGAACUUUUCGUUAUGGCAAGGGAGCAUGCACCAUCAAUUAUCUUCAUGGACGAAAUUGACAGUAUCGGAUCUGCUCGGAUGGAGUCUGGAAGUGGCAAUGGUGAUAGUGAAGUGCAACGUACUAUGUUGGAACUUCUCAACCAGUUGGAUGGAUUUGAAGCUUCAAAUAAGAUCAAGGUUUUGAUGGCCACGAAUCGGAUUGAUAUCCUGGAUCAAGCACUCCUUAGACCUGGACGAAUUGAUAGAAAGAUUGAAUUUCCAAACCCUAAUGAAGAGUCUCGGCAGGAUAUUUUGAAAAUCCAUUCUAGAAGAAUGAAUUUAAUGCGCGGUAUUGAUUUGAAGAAGAUUGCUGAGAAGAUGAAUGGCGCAUCUGGCGCAGAGCUUAAGGCUGUGUGCACAGAAGCUGGAAUGUUUGCUCUAAGAGAGAGGAGGGUUCAUGUGACGCAGGAGGACUUUGAGAUGGCCGUGGCAAAGGUCAUGAAAAAGGAGACGGAGAAAAACAUGUCAUUGCGGAAGUUGUGGAAAUGAUUUGUAUUUCAUGUUUCUUUCUUGUGCACAUUAUCCUGCAAAGAUGAGAAAAGAACACACCUUAGGGUUGUUUCAAUUUACAGUCACGCUGGCUUUCAUUUUGCUUAUGUUGACCAAGUUAUGUACCAAAUCAUGUUUCUUUCCUGUUUUUUUCCUUGGCUGUCUCUUCAGAAUGUACUCUAGAUAUAUAGAUCAUAUUUUAUUUGAGAGAUUAUCUAUCUGGGGAAAGAAGAUAACUAAA